AUGAGUACUGAAGUCUUUAUCGGUAUAUCGUACCUGAAUUUUGUAGAGGAUAAUGAUGGCGAAAAUGAAAUUGCGGAGUCUCACUCUGGUUUUAUGACUCAGAAACAAGUAGUGAAGAUAUCUGACAAUCCCAAUGGUCAUCUUCAUAAGGAUAGUUAUAGCGGAGUCACGAAUUUUACCAAAUACAACAGCGAAAACUCGGAUACUGGUAAUAAUGCGAAUCCUGUUGAGAAGACAAACGCUACUCAGGAGUGUGAAGACUUAAAGUAUGGUGAGGCACCUCAGUCCUUACUUUUAGAUCCAACUAGGAACUUGGAAGAAUUCAUCAUGAAACCUGCUCCUCAGGGUGUGACCAUACGUUGUCGUAUUACACGAGACAAACGAGGUGUCGAUCAUGGAAUUUUCCCAUCAUAUUAUCUUCAUCUUGAAAAAGAAGACUGUAAGUUCUUCUUACUUGCAGCCAGGCGUCGCAAGCGAUCAACAACGAGUAACUAUGUGAUUUCUUGUGAUGCCACCAAUUUAUCUCGUGAUGCAAUUAGUUUUGCCGGGAAACUGCGCUCUAACUUUCUGGGUACUCAUUUUACUGUGUACGGCUGUGAAUCGAAAUUACGAGAUAGUGAAUCCUUAAAUUCAGGGGACAAGGUAAAUGAUUCUGGUUCGAUAACGACAACUACUAAGACACACAAUAUGCUAGAGCUUGCUGCAAUCAUAUACGAUACAAACGUACUGGGUUUCAAAGGACCAAGGAGAAUGACUAUUAUUUUGCCGCGCUUAAGUGCUACUUGUCAGCACUUUUCAUGUCCUGGAAAUGUAUGUCCUUAG